ACCGGUGGCAAGCAGCGCUCUGCUCUCCAGGAUGUCGUGACCCGCGAGUACACCAUCCACCUCCACAAGCACGUCCACGGCAAGGCUUUCAAGAAGCGUGCACCCUGCGGCGUCAAGGCUAUCAUCGCUUUUGCGCAGAAAACCAUGGGCACCACCGAUGUUAGGAUCGACCCCAAGCUGAACCAGGCUGUCUGGGAGCGUGGUGUUAAGAGCGUGCCUCACAGGAUACGGGUGAAGCUUGAGCGCAAGCGUAACGAUGAGGAGAACGCCAAGGAGAAGCUCUUCACCUACGCCUCGCACAUCUACGUUCCCGCAGGACAGUUCAAGGGUCUCCAAACCGUCGUCGUCGACGCCGAGUAA